CCCUGGCAUCAGAUGACCUGUGCUCCCAGGCCACUGGCAGUGCAGCCUGGCUGGGCAGACUUCACCCAGCGCUCGGGCAGACAGCCCACUCCAAGCCAGGACAGGCAUCCACCCGAUGCCUGCACACAGUGGGCACAGACAACCAAGACCCCUUUCCACGCACCCAGCCCUGGGAGGAGCCUGAUUAAAAACGUUCCCCUGGGCAUCCCAAGGACAUUGAAUAGUGCUCAUCCCGAACCUCCGCUCCAAGGGCCUGCGAAAUGGUUCUGGCCGGUCCUGGGAUCAGUGGCCCAGCAGGAGGAAGGCAACAGGACGAGAAAAGUCUGGAGUUUACAGCUCUGUAGCCCAUCCAGGAGCAGCACGGGGCGCAGGCCCAAGAGGGUGACAGCCGGCCUCGAGCCCCGGAGCUGCUGCCUCGUCUCCUUCCCUUCAAGACCCUGAGACCCCAUGGUCGUCCAGGACAGUAUGGACGCUGGGGACACCCAGGCAGGCGUGCGGCUGGAGCCCUUCCUGCACCAGGCCGGGGGCCGCCUCAGCGUGCUGCAGUACGGCAAGCACACGGUGUGCAAGCCCCUCAUUUCCCAAGAGCAGCACUUCUACGAGUCCCUGCCGCUGGCCGUGAAGCAGUUCACGCCACAGUACAAAGGCACCGUCACCAUGUACCUCUGGAGGGACAGCAGAGGCCACCUUAGCCUGGUGGCCCACCCCCAGCAGCAGGACCGGGAGCCCUUCACCGUGUCCCCAGAGUCAGCAGCAGCAGUGGCCAUGUUGCAGACACUACAGCAGACCACAGGCAGUGGCGCCCACCCCCUGGCCCAGCGGCAGUGUGCGCAGCAGGCACACAAGGAGAGCCCCGCCAAGGCGUUCCUGAGGUCCGAGUUCCACUUCAGCACCCAGAUCUCCUCGCUGGUGGAAGAUGCCAAGCGGAACCAGGUUGAAUGGAGGGGCUUUAACCCAUGGGGCCUGCUUUGCCACCAGGCCCACCUGAGCCGCCUGUGUGCAGAGUACCCUGAGGACAAGCGGCACCACUUCUUGCUACUGGAAAACGUGGUGUCGCCAUUCACGCAUCCCUGCAUCCUGGACCUCAAGAUGGGGACCCGGCAGCAUGGAGACGACGCGUCAGAGGAGAAGAAGGCCCGGCACAUGCGGAAGUGCGAGCAGAGCACCUCGGCCCGCCUGGGCGUGCGCAUCUGCGGCAUGCAGGUCUAUCAAACUGAUAAGAAGCACUUUCUCUGCAAAGACAAGUACUUUGGAAGAAAGCUCUCGGCAGAGGGCUUCCGACAAGCCCUCUGUCAGUUCCUGCACAAUGGCGCCCGCCAGCGCACAGAACUGCUGCAGCCCAUCCUGCACCGGCUCCAGGCCCUCCUCGCCGUCCUCAGGAGCCAGAGCUCAUACCGGUUCUACUCCAGCUCCCUCCUCCUCAUCUACGAUGGGCAGGAGCCCCCGGAAAUGACCCCGGGGGGCCAGCAUCCUCUGGAAGCUCCACUGACGGCCCCCGCUGUGCCCCUCAGACGUCUGCCCAAGGUUGACGUCCGGAUGAUUGACUUUGCUCAUACGACGUACAAGGGCUCCUGGAAGGAGCAAACUAGCUAUGAUGGACCAGAUCCUGGCUACAUUUUUGGCUUAGAAAAUCUCAUUGGGAUCCUACAGGAUAUCCAAGAGGGAGAGUGAAACUUUUGGGACACUGGGAUUUUCCCAGCUACAGAUUAUGCAAAGGGACCUUCUGGUAGCCGGGUAGUCUAGACACCCCUUAGAUGUCUUUGUGACAACCAGCUCUGCCUACCUCGGCAUCCUCACCCUCAGCAGAAGGCAGUCACAGCUCCUGGGGCAACGCGCCCCCAAGGCAGCUCCACGCGCCCUGGCGUCUCCCGCAGUGCUGCCAUCCGUCAGUCAGCGCCCAGCGUCACAGCGUGAGUCAGAGGCCAGUGCUGCACUCGGCGUGGAGUGGCUGCUUCCGGGAAGCUCUUGUCGUGCUGCAGUCCCCACAGCUGGGAGGCCUGAGUGCUAGGACCGCAAUCCUGGGCGACAGGAGGCUGCAGCUUGCGUGGGCUGCCAGAGCUAACAGGCCUCCCCACCGUCCUCCCAGGCGCAGGAGCUGGGGCAGCACAGAGCAGAGCAGAGUUACCAUCUCGCCUGCUUGUACCCAGCUUCUAAUAGACAAGGCCACGUGUGGGACAGCUCAGCCACAGGACACGCGCUUUGCAUGCAUGAGGCCCGCUUCAGCACAGCAAGUAAUGUUAAUAAUAAUAAUAUAGAUAAAUAAGUGGCGGGCAUGGUAGCACACAC